UAAAUCAUAAAUCAUCUAUAUAAUUGUGGUCCGUGCGUUCAUGACAUGUUCAUUUCAAUAUGCAAGAGGUAGGCAAUGUGUGCUGUUUGCAACUCAGAUGCGACUCAUUAAUUUAUUUCGCAUACCUCUAAACUCCAGUCAGACGUUAUUCACAUACAUCAUUGCUCUUACUAUUUGAACCAUGCUUAUAGCCGUUUCGUCUACCACGACUUCUACAUCAGCCAUUUCAACCAUGAAUCUAGAGUUGAGGUAUUCCAACUUAGCCACCCCCUCUUGAUAUCAAUUUGUUCCUUCUCCUCAUAUAAGUCCUAGUAUUUCGAGUUAUAGUUGCCGCAUUACAACCGGAGAGCUACUCCCCCAAUAACAAGUUCUUAAUCACGACUAAUAAAAUACCUGCUAUCAUGGGCGGCUCCGCAUUUUCAUCGGGAAGCAAUCCGCUUUUCACUCCACGGAUGUCUCCCAAAGUAUAUCAACAUGUUCUCAGUACAUGCCAUGCCAAGCUUCGAGAACUCUUCUUCGUAGUCGCCACUCCUAUCGAAGGCCCCGAAAAGAAGGACCACGGCGAUAUCGAUAUCUUCGUAGCGGUAGAAAAGAAUAUUUCAUUUCCGUCUUCUGGGCCUGACAGCACCUCACUUCCACCAUCGACUCGCGAUUCCCUCAAGGCUGCUUAUUUCCUUCUCGGCGCCGAACAUUCUAUUGGGGAGCAACCAAACGCUGUUAACUUAGCUAUCCCGUGGCCGAAUGACCUACCUUACGAGGGAACGAAAGGUGAUGAACCUCGCUAUAUCCAAGUUGACCUCCAUCUAUGCAACUCCGUAGAGCACCUACAAUGGAUGCUAGUGAAGUACGCCCAUGGUGACCUUUGGAAUAUCCUCGGGAGCACCAUUCGCCCGUACGGCCUCACAGCUGACGAGGUCGGCUUAUACAUACGCAUCCCCGAGAUCGAAAAUUUAAACAAAAGGCAAUCGAAAGUCCUCCUCAGUAGCGAUCCCAUAGAGAUUCUUAGUUUUCUAGGCCUUAAGUACGACAGCACCCAAUGGGAGCAGCCAUUUGCGUCGAUGGAGGACCUUAUGGAGUAUGCGGCCACGUGCCGGUUGUUCUGGGUGCGGCCCAAGCAAGAUGGUAGCGCGACGGAGGCCGACGGGGGCGACUUUGACAGGAGCAAGAUGAAGGCUAACGACCGUCGCCGCAUGAAAGGGCGUGCGACCUUUCGAAAGUGGUAUGAUGAGUUCAUUCCCGCAUGCCGUAAAGCGGGACGCUUUACCACGCCCAUUUCAACCCGGGACACAGUGCGUGAGGAUGCCUUCGCGCAGUUCCCCGGCACGCGACAAGUCUAUAAAAACCGACUCCUCGAGUGGCGCAAAGAGCAGCAGCGACAGACGCUUUGGCAGAGAGUUAUCAAGGCGUCUAUACCGGAGUGGCAAGAAGGCGAAGAGGAGCAUAACAGAAGACACCUGCGUAGCUUGGCAGCUAGCUCUCUGAAGAAAAUCGUCAUGCAAGACGACUACAGUCUAGGCAUACACCCGCCAUUACCGCUACGCGACCCUGAUGGGUUUUAUAAGGAGGAUCUAGUUAGGGAAUUCGUCGUAGAUAACUGGAGACGGAUUGGUGAAGCUGCUUGGGAGGAAAGCCAGAAAAAGUAUGCUGAGCGACUUGCAGAAAAGGGAGCUAAGCAUACGUCUUAAGAGGUCUGGAAUAGUAGACAAAGUACCGUGGCGAGAUUGGAGACCAUCUUAUGGCUAGACGAAGUAUGUGUUACUCAAGACUAACACACAAAUAUCUCACAAGGGUAUGGGAAGGUAACUUAGCUGCGGAAAUAUGUGGACAUCUAGACGAGUGUGUAAAGGUUCAGGAGAUAGGGGUGUGUCGUAUUGAAUAGGUCUCUAGACUUACAACCAUAAAUAUCAGAAAAGCCUUAGAAGGUGCUCGCGACGCGAAACAACCCCCAACCGAGAAGAUAGAACAUAGAUAAUUGAUUUAUUAUACUUCAGUCUACCUACCAUGCUUAAAUGUAAACCGACGACCCAACCCCCCAAAAGCAUAACA